AUGAAGAGGAUUACUAAGUCAUUCUUCACAGAAUUAUUUAAAAUUAAGCUGGGGGGCUACAUCGCUAUGUGUCUGGCAAAGGAAACAAGCCUGCUCUCUGGAUUCCAACUAAAUACACCUCAGAGGAGAGAGAUUGAGGACGGAAUAUUAACCUCCUCACUAACAGUUGAUUUUGUUUCGCAGUACAUAGCUGUGCACAUUGUAGCAGAUCAGCUGAUGUCCUUUGGAGGCUCCACGGAUCCCUGUGCCCUUUGCAGCCUGCACAGCAUUGGCAAGAUAGGAGGCCAGCAGAACAAGAACUAUACCAAGCUGUUGUGUGACCUGCUCACUAAACAACUGCACAUACCUGCAGAUAGAGUCUACAUCAACUAUUAUGACAUGAAUGCUGCUAAUGUGGGCUGGAAUGGUUCCACCUUCGCAUAGGGCACUCCGAUGGAAGUGAAGAGUCUUUUCCUGGACCUGCACCUCUCCUGCCUGUUAGCAGACCGUGGCACAAAUUGCCCUUCCCUGAAUUUUGUGCAGUCUCACGGAUGACAGUUCUUUGCUAGUGUGUUCACAUUCCUUUUGUUUUCUACUUAUAGAAAAUAAAUAAUGAAGAUAUAGAAGGA